UAAAUUUUGUUUUUGCUUCAUAGGAGUUAAAAACUCCCUGGUGGCCCAUGAUAUGGUGUUUGAGAUGAUCCGGGCUCCCUGGAGCCCAGAGCAGCAGAUAGAGCGGCCACGACUCACCAAGAAAAUCCUGGACACAGAGGACCAGGCUGCCUUCCGGCUCCAGUCAAAGAUGCCCAGAUACAUCUACUUUGCAGCCAAUAGCAAGAACAAGUGGGGCCACCAGCGUGGUUACAGGAUCCAGAUCACCAGUUUUGCAGGCGACCAUGUCCCUGAAGCCAGCUCCAUGGAGAGGGCCAUCAGCUGGGCAAGGUACCAGCUGGCUGUCACCCAGAGGAAGGAGGAGGAGCCCACCAGCACCAGCAUCUACAACCAGAAUGACCCCUGGACACCAACUGUUGCCUUCGCUGACUUCAUCAACAACGAGACCAUCACCAGCGAGGACUUGGUUGCCUGGAUAACUGCUGGUUUCCUUCACAUCCCACACUCUGAGGAUAUUCCCAACACUGUGACAGUGGGAAACUCAGUCGGCUUUCUCCUGAGACCCUACAACUACUAUGACCUGGACCCCUCCAUAUACUCUCACGAUGGUGUAUUUUUCACCAGCGAGCAGGACUUCACGACAUGUGAUAUCAACCCUAUCGCGUGCCUGCCCAAAACCGCCUCUUGUUUGCCAAACUUCCUCCCAUUCACCUAUGAUGGCUUCCAGAACGUGAGCAGGCUCUAACACUACAGGACAGUGUUAGGAGACACAGUCAGAGGUACCAGGUUGACUGUUCUCUCAGAUUUUCAGGUUUCUAGUGAAGUUGUCUCAAUUUCCAGUUGUGCAAUGGCUUAAUUUUUUUUAUCAUUGCUUUUUUAAUAGUGCUCUUUAAAAGGGAAGCAUAAUCUUCCUGGCAUGAAGCCAGACAACAGUCUAUGUUAUCUCUGUUAAUUGCUGAAUUUGAGCUGUUGCAGGAGGGAAGUGAAGAGAAAAUCCUGUUCCUCUGCUGUAGAAGCAAGCGCUGUGUAGUGUCUAU